CAAAUGAAAUGUCGGCUCUUGGCGUGUCGCUACUCGCUUUAUAAUACUACCGACUACUUUGGAUGUCUGGAUGCUAAGUUUUUUGACAAGCGACUACCAAGGUAUUAUUAAGUUGCCCGGAUCCAAUCUUGUAUUAUAAGCUAUUUUAUAAUUAUUUGGAACUAUGGCGCUUCCUUCAACAUACAAACAAAUAGCUAUUAAUCAACAGUCUCCUGCUCGUGCUCCAGUCACAUUCAACAUUUUAAAAGCGACUAAAACGGGAUCCUAUCAAAAUGAACGUUUAAGACCUGGUGGAAGUUCCAGCCAAUUAUCUGGAUCUAAAGAUCAAAAUCAAAGUCCGUUCAUUCCAAAUAGCCAUGGAAAUCCAGCGUUUCAUCCACAAAAAAUAUCAAAAGCUGCUGCUGAUGCUCGUGGUAUUAAACCUCCUAAACCACCUGAAAAACCUCUUAUGCCAUACAUGCGAUAUAGUCGGAAAGUUUGGGAUCAGGUAAAAGCAAGUAAUCCUGAUUUGAAGUUAUGGGAAAUUGGUAAAAUUAUUGGACAAAUGUGGAGAGAUCUUCCAGAUGAUAAUAAACAAGAAUACAUUGAUGAUUAUGAAUCAGAAAAGCUAACGUAUGAAAAAGCUAUGAAGUUAUAUCAUACUUCACCAGCUUAUUUAGCCUACUUACAAGCAAAGAAUAAAGGUAAAUUGAAUCAAGUAGAAGAUAGAGAACCACAUGAAAGAUCAACUGGAGGUGGUAAACAAGCUGCUGCUGAUCGAAGAAUUGAAAUACAACCAGCUGAAGAUGAAGAAGAUCAAGAUGAUGGAUUUAGUGUGAAGCACAUAGCUUAUGCUAGAUAUAUAAGAAAUCAUAGAUUGAUUAAUGAAAUAUUUUCUGAUAGUGUUGUCCCUGAUGUACGAUCAGUGGUCACAACUGCUCGUAUGCAAGUUUUAAAGAGACAAGUUCAAAGUUUAACCAUGCAUCAGAAAAAAUUAGAAGCAGAAUUACAACAAAUUGAAGAAAAAUUUGAUACUAAAAAAAGAAAAUUUAUUGAAUGCAGCGAUACAUUCCAACAAGAAUUGAAAAAACACUGUGUUCAAGCAGUAUCUGAGGAAGUAUUUCAAAAAAUGGUAGAACGCCAGGUUGAGAUAUUGCAAAAAGAACGAACUAAGACUGUGUGCCCACCAGGACCUCCUGAAGAAUUUGCUAAGGUACAUUGUGAACAGCAAUUAGAACAAAAUGGAGCUGUACCAUCAAUUGAAGAUGACACUCCAUCUUGUGUAGUUCCUUCUAGUACCACCGAUGAGAGUUCAAAUAUGGAAGUUGAGUCUGGUAUAACUUCAGACAGUUCAUCAAAAUCUGAACAGCUUGUAAUAACAGAAACUAGAGAAAAUGGAGAAAUUGCUACUUCUCCACCUCAAUCUUCUCAUCAACCACAACCUCAAUUAUUAAAAGAACAACAGUUAUCACAGAUUCAGUCACAACAACCUCCUCAGUUUCAAGCUCAAUCACAGUUUCAACAGCAAUUAUCACAAACACAACCUUUGCAGCCUCAGCCUUCUCAACAACCACCUCAACAACAACUUUUACAGCCACAGCCUUCAUUACAACAAUUGCCUCAAGCACAACCUUUAUUACAGCAAUUACCACAAGGGCAAUCUUCAUUACAUCAAUUACCACCAUCACAACCUGAAAUACAACAAUUAUUGCAGCCACAAAAUUCUUUUCAGCAGAUAUCACAGCAACCAGCACCUACAGCAUUACAACAGUCACCAGAACAGGUUUCUCCGCAGCCACAGCCUCAACAACAUUCUCCUCAAUCACAAUUGCAGUCCCUGAAUCAUCAUCAACAACAACCCUUACAGUCCUCAAAUGUACUGCAGCAACAAUCUUUGCAACCAUCUACUCCACAACAACAGUCUUUACAACCAUCUACUCCACAGCAGCAGCCCUUGCAACCAUCUUCUCCACAGCAACAGCCAUUGCAACCAUCUACUCCACAGCAACAGCCAUUGCAACCAUCUACUCCACAGCAACAGCCAUUGCAACCAUCUACUCCACAGCAACAGCCAUUGCAACCAUCUACUCCACAGCAGCAGCCCUUACAAUCAUCUACUCCACAGCAGCAGUCCUUACAACCAUCUCCUCCACAGCAGCAGCCUUUACAACCAUCUAUUCCACAGCAGCAGCCUUUACAACCAUCUACUCCACAGCAACAGUCUUUACAACCAUCUAUUCCACAGCAGCAGCCAUUACAGUCACAUCCUCAACAACAACCUUUACAGCUACAUCCUUCUCAACAACAGUCUUUACCGCCAAACCCUCCUCAACAACAAUCUUUACAGCCACUUGCUCCACAAGAACAGCCGUUACAGCCACAUACUCCUCAACAACCACCUCCACAGCCACAUGUCCCUCAACAACAGCCUUUACAGCCUCAUGCCCCUCAACAGCAGCCUUUACAACCUCAUGCUCCACAACAACAGCCUUUACAAUCACAUGCCCCACAACAACAAUCUUUACAGGCAAAUCCUCCUCAACAACAACCUUUACAACUACAUCCUCCACAGCAACAGCUUUUACAAUCACAUGCUCCACAACAGCCUUUACAACCACAUCCCUCCCAACAACAUUCUUUAUUACCACAUACUCCCCAACAACAUUCUUUACAGACUCAACUUCAACAACAGUCUCCUGCACAACAAUCAUCAAUUCAAAUACCUCCACAACAACAAUCUCCACAGCCUCAAUUACAAACUCCACAGGCACAACAACUACCUUCCUCGCAGAUACAACAAUUGCAGCCACAAUCACUUCCAACACAGCCUCAAUUGCAACCACCACAGCCUCAAACUCCUCAACAACCACAAUCUCAAACUCAACAACCUCAAUCUCAAAGUCAACCACAACCGCCUUCAGUCAUGGUACCACCACCACCUUCUAUUCCACCAGCAUUGGGAUCGGAUUCACCUUCAAAUGUUGUUUCUUCAACUACAGAAUCGCCACCAAAAUUACCAGAACCUAAAGCUUAUUCUGCUCCUUCAACUCAGCCAUAUCCAACAUUAUCACAGUCUUACACUCAAGUACCUCCAUUUCAAAUGUCUCAGAACUCUCAAGUUAAUGUUUCAAGUGUAUAUCCACCCAAUCAAGCUCCCACAAAUACUGCUCCUCCACAACAUCCACAUUCAGGUAUGAUGCAGCCUCCACAAAUUCCCCCUUCUCAAGGAGCGCCAUCGUCAACCCCAUCAACCGGAUUUCCCUCAUAUCCACAACAGCAACCUUAUUCAUCUCAGGGAAUGCCACCCAGGCCUUACUCAUAUCCUCCACAACCAUAUCCUCAGUAUACGCCCCAUCCAUACUAUCAUCAAGCUCCUUAUCAACAGUAUCCACCACCACCUCCACGUGUUGCAUAUCCUCAACAAAUAGGUACUGUUAAUCAAGAUACAAAUCAACCACCACUUGAAAGUAUGUAUAACACGGCUUCAAUUUCUGGACCAUCUGAAAAAACAAAUGAUGAAAAUAAGCAAUUAAAUGAUGAAGUGAAAUCUACUGAACUAAACACAGCUCAUGAAAAACAACCUGAACAAGAAGAAACAGUUCCACCUCAAUCAUCAGCAAAACUCGAUGAAGUUCAACAAUAACAUAUUUAUAAAUGCUAAAAAAAUUUGAAAUGUUUUCAUAAUCAAUAUUUGCUCUUAUACAAAGUCAAAAAUUGACUGAUAUUGUUUAUACUUUUAUUGAAAAUAUUUUCAUAUUAAAAUUAUUAUUAAGUUCA